CGAGGGGGGAGCCCGCGCCGCAGCUUCCUGCCCCCGGCCCAGCCCUCUGUCCCCCGCGGCCUGCAGCCUGACUUCCUCCCCCCACCCCGCAGCUCGCCGCCCGGCUCCUCGGACGGGGCCGCCCCGAUGGGACGCCGCGCCCCGGCCCUUGCGCGCAGCUGAGCCGAGCGCCGCGGAGCCGAGCCGCGCCGCCGCCGCCGCCAGCCUCUGCCCUGCUCGCCCCCCAGGACGGGAGCCUCGUCCCCGGUCCCCCGGAAAGCUGGAUUUCCGAGGCUGGAGGCGCCUGGCCGACUGGGUGGGGACCACCAUGGGCAACGCGGCAGGCAGCGCGGAGCAGCCCGCGGGCCCCGCCGCGCCGUCCCCCAAGCAGCCCGCGGCGCCCAAGCAGCCGAUGCCCGCGGCCCGGGAGCUGGAGGAGAGGUUUAACAGGGUUCUGAACUGCAUGAACUUGCCCCCGGACAAGGUGCAGCUGCUGAGCCAGUAUGACAAUGAGAAGAAGUGGGAGCUCAUUUGUGACCAGGAGCGGUUUCAAGUCAAGAACCCUCCCACAGCCUAUAUCCAGAAGCUGAAGAGCUACCUGGAAACCGGUGGGGUCGGCCGAAAGGUAGCAGCGGACUGGAUGUCUAACCUGGGGUUUAAGAGGCGAGUUCAGGAGUCCACGCAGGUGCUGCGGGAGCUGGAGAUCUCCCUGAGGACAAACCACAUUGGGUGGGUGGAAGAAUUCCUCAACGAGGAGAACCGCGGCCUGGAUGUGCUCCUCGAGUACCUGGCCUUUGCCCAGUGCUCUGUCACGUAUGACAUGGAGAGCACAGACAACGGGGUCCCCAGCUCAGAGAAGAGCAAGCCCCUGGAGCAGUCGGUGGAAGAUCUCAGCAAGGGUCCACCCUCGGCCUUGCCUCCUCAGCCCAAGAGUCGCCACCUGACCAUCAAGUGCCCCCCUUCUCCCCGGCUGACCCCAGCCCACAGCAGGAAGGCCCUGCGGAAUUCUCGCAUUGUUAGCCAGAAGGAUGAUGUCCAUGUCUGUAUCAUGUGCUUGCGUGCCAUCAUGAACUACCAGUCUGGCUUCAGCCUUGUCAUGACCCACCCAGCCUGUGUCAAUGAGAUUGCUCUGAGCCUCAACAACAAGAACCCCAGAACCAAGGCUCUGGUGCUGGAGCUGCUGGCGGCUGUGUGCCUGGUGCGAGGAGGACACGACAUCAUCCUUGCAGCCUUUGACAAUUUCAAGGAGGUGUGUGGGGAGCAGCACCGCUUUGAGAAGCUAAUGGAAUAUUUCCAGAAAGAAGACAGCAACAUCGACUUCAUGGUGGCCUGCAUGCAAUUCAUCAACAUCGUGGUACACUCUGUGGAGAACAUGAACUUCCGUGUCUUCCUGCAAUACGAGUUCACCCACCUGGGCUUGGACUUGUACUUGGAGAGGCUUCGGCUCACCGAGAGUGACAAGCUGCAGGUACAGAUCCAAGCAUACUUGGAUAAUGUUUUUGAUGUGGGUGCGCUGCUGGAGGACACGGAGACCAAGAAUGCUGUGCUGGAGCACAUGGAGGAGCUGCAGGAGCAGGUGGCCCAGCUGACAGAAAGGCUUCGGGACGCGGAGAACGAAUCCAUGGCCAAGAUUGCCGAGCUGGAAAAGCAGCUAAGCCAGGCUCGAAAGGAGUUGGAGACCCUGCGGGAGCGCUUCAGCGAGUCGACCCCCAUGGGUGCCUCUAGGCGUCCUUCCGAGCCUGAGAAAGUGCCUACCCCCGUCCCUGCACGGCCUUCGGCCCUAGAGCUGAAGGUGGAGGAGCUGGAAGAGAAGGGGUUAAUCCGUAUCCUGCGGGGGCCCGGGGAUGCUGUCUCCAUCGAGAUCCUCCCGGUCGCUGUGGCAACUCCAAGCGGCAGUGACGCUCCGACUCCGACUCCGACUCCUACUCCUACUCCCACUCCGGGAGUGCCCACCGGCUCACUCAGCCCAGGCUCAGAUCUCCCACCUGCGGCAGAACCAGAGCCGGUUCCCGGAGCAGCACCCCCACCGCCACCGCCCCCGCCCCCACUGCCCAGCCUCCCCUUCCAGCAGGAAGCCGCGCCUUUGGCGCCCCCUCUGGCCUCACCCCUCCCUGGCAGCUCAGAUCCCCCACCUCCACCCCCACCCCCACCCCCGCCGCUGCAGGGAGACUUGCUGCCCCCACCCCCACCGCCACCGCUGCCUUCUGGCACAGAUGGGCCGGUACCUCCGCCACCCCCACCGCCUCCUGGAGGUCUCUCUGAUGCCCCAGAGAUGGGCCCAGGAGUAAAGGCCAAGAAACCCAUACAGACCAAGUUCAGAAUGCCACUCUUAAAUUGGGUGGCCCUGAAACCCAGCCAGAUCACAGGCACCGUCUUCACUGAGCUCAAUGAUGAGAAGGUGCUGCAGGAGCUAGACAUGAGUGACUUUGAGGAGCAGUUCAAGACUAAGUCCCAAGGUCCCAGCCUAGACCUCAGUGCCCUCAAGGGUAAGGCAGCCCAGAAGGCCCCCAGCAAGGCCACCCUCAUCGAGGCCAACCGGGCCAAGAACCUGGCCAUCACCUUGCGCAAGGGCAACCUGGGGGCUGAUCGCAUCUGCCAGGCCAUCGAGACGUACGACCUACAGGCCCUUGGCCUGGACUUCCUGGAGUUGCUGACCCGCUUUCUGCCCACGGAGUAUGAGCGUAGCCUCAUUGCCCGCUUUGAGCGGGAGCAGCGACCCAUGGAGGAGCUGUCGGAGGAGGAUCGCUUCAUGCUACGCUUCAGCCGCAUCCCGCGCCUGCCGGAGCGCAUGGCCACGCUCACCUUCCUGGGCAACUUUCCGGAUACUGUGCAGCUGCUCAUGCCGCAACUGAAUGCCAUAAUUGCAGCCUCAAUGUCCAUCAAGUCCUCUGACAAACUCCGGCAGAUCCUGGAGAUUGUCCUGGCCUUUGGUAACUACAUGAACAGCAGUAAGCGUGGAGCAGCCUACGGCUUCCGGCUCCAGAGUCUGGAUGUGCUGCUGGAGAUGAAGUCGACUGACCGCAAGCAGACGCUGCUGCACUACCUGGUGAAGGUCAUUGCUGAGAAGUACCCACAGCUCACAGGCUUCCACAGCGACCUGCACUUCCUGGACAAGGCAGGCUCAGUGUCCCUGGACAGUGUCCUAGGGGACGUGCGCUCCCUACAGCGAGGCCUAGAGUUGACCCAGAGAGAGUUUGUGCGGCAGGACAACUGCACGGUGCUCAAGGAGUUCCUGAAGACCAACUCCCCCAUCAUGGAUAAGCUGCUGGCAGACAGCAAGACUGCUCAGGAGGCCUACGAGUCUGUGGUGGAGUACUUUGGAGAGAACCCCAAGACCACAUCCCCCUCCAUGUUCUUUUCCCUCUUCAGCCGCUUCAUCAAGGCCUACAAGAAAGCUGAGCAGGAGGUGGAACAGUGGAAGAAAGAAGCGGCAGCCCAGGAGGCGGGCGCUGACGCCCCAGGCAGAGGGGAAGUCCCAGCAUCCAAGUCACCACCCAAGGCCCGGCGGCAGCAGAUGGACCUCAUCUCUGAGCUGAAGCGGAAGCAGCAGAAGGAGCCACUUAUCUAUGAGAGUGACCGCGAUGGGGCCAUUGAAGAUAUCAUCACAGAUCUGCGGAACCAGCCCUACAUCCGCACAGACACAGGCCGCAGAAGUGCUCGCCGGCGCCCCCCGGGACCCCCCCUGCAGGUCACCUCGGACCUCUCACUGUAGCUGCUACUUCAGCAGAUGGACUCAGUGGGGGAUGAGGGGGGCAAGCUGGGGCUCGAGGAAGGUGGUCCUCAGCUCGGCUGGGCCGGGCAGCCCCCUCUGCGGCUGCGUUGGGCCCACCUCAAGUGGUCGGGUGCACGGGGGCGUGGGGCGGGGGGGCAGCAUCGCCGGCCCCUCCCCCAAAUGCUGCUUGCGGCACCCCUCUUCCCCUAAUAGCCAUACUUAGCCUCAGCGGGAGCCUGGCCUGUAACUUAUAAAGUGCAACCUCGCGCCCCACCCCCAGCUCCAGGAACUCUCCAUGGACCUUAUUUUUAUACAAGAUUAAUAAAGAUAUUUGCAAAA